GUAUAGACCAAUUAAUAAGAGAAAAUAAAGAAAAUGAAGAAAGACAGUAUCCACGUUGUAAUGGUGCCAUGGUUAGCAUUUGGUCAUCUACAGCCAUUUUUCCAACUCUCCAUAGCCUUAUCCAAAGAAAAAGUUCAUGUCUCUUUCCUUUCCACUCCCAGAAACAUUAAGAGACUCCCUAAACUUCCUCCUAACUUAGAACCACUAGUAAAUCUAGUUGAAUUUCCACUGCCAUCACUUGAUGAUAAGAGUCUUUUGCCCAAAGAUGCUGAGGCAACUUUGGACAUUCCUGCUGAUAAAGUUCAGUACUUAACAGUAGCUUACGAUCUCCUUCAGCAGCCCAUCAAACACUUCAUUACACGUGAAAAACCGGAUUGGAUCAUUGUGGAUUUUAGCCCUUACUGGAUAGCUGAGAUUGCUCGAGAUCUUGAUAUUCCCAUGCUUCAAUUUAGUAUGUUUACUGCUGCUACCCUACUCUUCUUCGGGCAGCUUGAUCACGAGGGUCAAGAAGAACCAAAGCCGUUGCAUGAACUUCUCCUAUCACCACCACCAUGUGGUGAUUUCAAAUCAACGGUUGCUUAUAAGAAAUACGAAGUGGCGGAACUAUUUGCUGCGAUUGCUGCAGAGAAUGCUUCGGGCAAAUCAUCUAUGGAACGUGAAGCCAUAAUGGGAAAGGCCAGUAGAGCUAUGGCUCUACGUACAUGUGCUGAAUUCGAAAACGAAUACUUGGUCAGUCCUAGAAACUAUAAAAAGCCGCUGAUUCCUAUUGGGUUGCUACUACCGGGAGAAUUACCGGUGGGUGAAAACGAUCUUGCUCUUCCACAAUGGCAGAAGAUGUCCAAAUGGCUAGACGAACAAAAGCCAAGAUCGGUUGUGUUUGUGGGAUUUGGCAGUGAAUGUAGAUUUACCAAGAAUCAAGUAUAUGAAAUAGCAAAUGGGCUACAACUCUCAGAAUUGCCAUUUUUCUGGAUACUACAGAAGCCAAGUUGGGCUUUGAACGACGUUGAUGCUUUGCCAUCAGGUUUUGGCGCCGCAACAGAGGGGAGAGGGUUCGUGCACAUUGGCUGGGCACCACAGAAGGAAAUUCUUGCACAUCCGUCCAUAGGAGGAUCCCUAUUUCAUGCAGGAUGGGGAUCAGCUAUUGAAACUUUAAGGUAUGGUCAUGUUCUUGUGGUGUUGCCUUUUGUUUUUGACCAAGGAUUGAAUGCAAGAUUGCUAGUAGAAAAAGGUGUGGCGAUUGAAGUGAAGAGGAACGAAGAAGAUGGAUCGUUUAGUGGAAAAGACAUAGCAAUGUCAUUAAGAGAAGCGAUGGUUUUAGAGGAAGGGGAAGAGCUUAGAGCUCGAGCAAGAAAAGCUGCUGCUAUUUUUGGAGACCGAAAACUUCAAGACUCCUACGUCAGAAACUUUGUUGAGUACUUGAAAAGUAAUGGUAAUUUAAGAUGAAUGUCUAGUCAUUAAUCAGCAAAUUAGAAAUGAUAUGUCUGCUCAAUCUAAUAUUGAAAAAAUUUCCUGCUUUGUAGUUUGUACGGUUGAAAUAAUUCUGUAGCACUAGAUUGCCUUGUUUGGGAUAUGAGUGACUUCAGUUUUACAUGAGUGAUAUAUUAAUUUCUUUUGUACUCAUUGUUGAAGUCUUAGUUGUUGAAUGACUUCAGUUUUA